CUUUCAACUGCUAUCUGAUAAUGUCUUGUGCUUUUUUCUCAGAGGUGCUUGGAAGAAUGGCUGCAACUGCUGAAGUCUGUGAUGCAAACCAACAGCUAAUUGUUAGUGGUGAGCUCCGGGCACUCCAACCGAUUUUCCAAAUAUAUGGCAGGCGUCAAGUAUUUUCUGGUCCAAUAGUUACUCUCAAGGUCUUUGAGGACAAUGUUUUGGUCCGUGAGUUUCUUGAGGAGAAAGGCUAUGGUAGAGUUCUAGUCGUAGAUGGCGGUGGGAGCUUGCGCUGUGCGAUCUUGGGAGGAAACCCUGUCCAACAAGCUCAAAACAAUGGAUGGGCUGGUAUCGUUGUGAAUGGAUGUAUAAGGGAUGUUGAUGAGAUAAAUGGGUGUGAUAUUGGAGUGAGAGCACUGGGUUCACAUCCUAUGAAAGCCAAUAAGAAGGGCAACGGAGAGAAAAACUUCCCCAUUACCAUUGCAGGGACUCGAAUUUGCGAUGGUGAAUGGCUCUAUGCAGACACUGAUGGCAUCCUGGUUUCUCGAACGGAGUUGUCAGUCUGAGCAGCUGUUUGGGGACCAUUUAGAUAGUAUAUAAUUUGUCGGAAGUAAAGUUAUGGUUAUGCAUCUUUGUAAACUUGUCUUUCCAGUCAGUUUGGAACUUUUAAACCCCCCAUGUGGUUCUCUUUGAUCU